AGUGUUCGAUGAAUGGAUAAGCGAAUGACUCCUUUCCCAACCCUAUUUGAAGACCUGGGAGGCAGAAUAGGUAGUAAGGGUUAAAGAAUGGGGUGUCCUGGAGUCAGACCCGGGCAGGUCACAGCGGCAUCUUCCUCCAUCUGUGCUGGGGCAAGUGCCCUACCUCACGCCGCUCCGGUUUCAUCACCAGUGGAAUGGAGAUGAGAAUAGUUUCUACAUCUGGCUUGCCCCCAGGUUUCCCUAGAUGACAAAUAAACAUUUCUUUUCCUGCGUGAAGAUCGUCUGUGGAAACCUUGGCCAUGGCAUCGAUAUCAGAGCCUGUUACAUUCAGAGAGUUCUGCCCGUUGUACUAUCUCCUCAAUGCCAUUCCGACAAAGAUCCAGAAGGGUUUCCGCUCUAUCGUGGUCUAUCUCACGGCCCUCGACACCAACGGGGACUACAUCGCAGUGGGCAGCAGCAUCGGCAUGCUCUAUCUGUACUGCCGGCACCUCAACCAGAUGAGGAAGUACAACUUCGAGGGGAAGACGGAAUCUAUCACUGUGGUGAAGCUGUUGAGCUGCUUUGAUGACCUGGUGGCAGCAGGCACAGCCUCUGGCAGGGUUGCAGUUUUUCAACUUGUGUCUUCAUUGCCAGGAAGAAAUAAACAGCUUCGGAGAUUUGAUGUCACUGGUAUUCACAAAAACAGCAUUACAGCUCUGGCUUGGAGCCCCAAUGGAAUGAAACUGUUCUCUGGAGAUGACAAAGGCAAAAUUGUUUAUUCCUCUCUGGAUCUAGACCAGGGGCUCUGUAACUCCCAGCUGGUGUUGGAGGAGCCGUCUUCCAUUGUGCAGCUGGAUUAUAGCCAGAAAGUGCUGCUGGUCUCUACUCUGCAAAGAAGUCUGCUCUUUUACACUGAAGAGAAGUCUGUAAGGCAAAUUGGAACACAACCAAGGAAAAGUACUGGGAAAUUUGGUGCUUGUUUUAUACCAGGACUCUGUAAGCAAAGUGAUCUAACGUUGUAUGCAUCACGACCCGGGCUCCGGCUGUGGAAGGCUGAUGUCCACGGGACUGUUCAAGCCACAUUUAUCUUAAAAGAUGCUUUUGCCGGGGGAGUCAAGCCUUUUGAACUGCACCCACGUCUGGAAUCCCCCAACAGGGGAAGUUGCAGCUUACCCGAGAGGCACCUGGGGCUUGUUUCGUGUUUCUUUCAAGAAGGCUGGGUGCUGAGUUGGAAUGAAUAUAGUAUCUAUCUCUUAGACACAGUCAACCAGGCCACAAUUGCUGGUUUGGAAGGAUCCGGUGAUAUUGUGUCUGUUUCGUGCACAGAAAAUGAAAUAUUUUUCUUGAAAGGAGAUAGGAACAUUAUAAGAAUUUCAAGCAGGCCUGAAGGAUUAACAUCAAUAGUGAGAGAUGGUCUGGAGAUAUCUGGAUGCUCAGAACGAGUCCACGUGCAGCAAGCAGAGAAGUUACCAGGGACCACAGUUUCUGAGACGAGGCUCAGAGGCUCUUCUGUGGCUAGCUCCGUGGCCAGUGAGCCAAGAAGCAGGAGCAGCUCGCUCAACUCCACCGACAGCAGCUCCGGGCUCCUGCCCCCUGGGCUCCAGGCCGCCCCUGAGCUGGGCAAAGGCAACCAGCCCCCCUCACAGAGAUUCAACGCCAUCAGCUCAGAGGACUUUGACCAGGAGCUUGUCGUGAAGCCUAUCAAAGUGAAAAGGAAGAAGAAGAAGAAGAAGACAGAAGGUGGAAGCAGGAGCACCUGUCACAGCUCCCUGGAAUCUACACCCUGCUCCGAAUUUCCUGGGGACAGUCCCCAGUCGUUGAACACAGAUUUGCUGUCAAUGACCUCAAGUGUCCUGGGCAGUAGCAUGGAUCAGUUAAGUGCAGAGUCUCCAGACCUGGAAAGCGGCUUCAGUGGUGAAGUGAACGGUGUCCCACAGGAAAAUACUGACCCCGAAACGUUUAAUGUCCUGGAGGUGCCAGGAUCUGCGCCUGAUUCUCUGGCUGUGGAAGAUGACAUUAGAACUGAAAUGCCACACUGUCACCAUGCAUAUGGGCAGGAGCUGCUCAAUGGAGUGAGGAAAGAUGUGAGAGGCAGUGAUGUCACAGGACUCGAAGAUGAGCCUUGUCCUGCAGACGAUGGACCACAUAGCACACAGAUACCCUUCCAAGAACAGGACAGCUCUCCUGGGGUGCAGAAUGGGGAAGAUGUCCAACCCAUUGGCCCCCAAAGCACUUUUUGUGAAGCGCCCCUCCUGAACUCACUCACCGUGCCUUCCAGCCUCAGCUUGGCCCCAAGUGCUGGGCAGUGGCUACCUGGGACCGGAGCUGAUGAAGGCAGCCCCGUGGAGCCCAGCCAAGAGCAGGACAUCCUAACCAGCAUGGAGGCCUCUGGCCACCUCAGCACAAAUCUCUGGCAUGUUGGCACUGAUGAUGACACAGGUCAGAAAGAAACGCCCUUUUCUGAACGUGACUUGGGGAGUGUGGGAGGACAGUUGACUCCGGUCUCUGCCUUGGCGGCCAGCACUCCCAAGGCCUGGCUUGAGCAGCCUCCACGGGAUCAGGCAUUGACGUCCAGCGAUGAGGAGGACAUCUAUGCCCACGGGCUUCCUUCUUCAUCCUCAGAGGCAAGUGUGACAGAGCUCGGACCUAGUCGCUCCCAGCAGGACCUGAGCCGGCUGGGUGCAGAUGAUGCCGGGCUGCUCAAGCCAGAUCAGUUUGCAGAAAGCUGGAUGGGCUACUCGGGUCCCGGCUAUGGCAUCCUCAGCUUGGUGGUCUCGGAGAAGUAUAUCUGGUGCCUGGACUACAAAGGCGGCCUGUUCUGCAGUGCGCUGCCGGGCGCCGGGCUGCGCUGGCAGAAGUUUGAAGAUGCUGUCCAGCAGGUGGCAGUCUCACCCUCAGGAGCCCUUCUCUGGAAGAUUGAACAGAAAUCUAACCGGGCUUUUGCUUGUGGGAAAGUCACCAUCAAGGGGAAGCGGCACUGGUACGAAGCCCUGCCCCAGGCAGUGUUUGUGGCCCUGAGCGAUGACACCGCCUGGAUCAUCAGGACCAGUGGGGACUUAUACUUGCAAACAGGUCUGAGUGUGGAUCGCCCUUGUGCCAGAGCCGUAAAGGUGGACUGUCCCUACCCGCUGUCCCAGAUCACAGCCCGGAACAAUGUGGUGUGGGCGCUGACAGAGCAGAGGGCCCUCCUGUACCGGGAGGGCGUGAGCAGCUUCUGUCCAGAAGGCGAGCAGUGGAAGUGUGACAUCGUCAGCGAAAGGCAAGCUUUAGAACCUGUCUGCAUAACGCUCGGGGAUCAGCAGACUCUCUGGGCCCUGGACAUCCAUGGGAACCUGUGGUUCAGAACUGGCAUUGUUUCCAAGACGCCUCAAGGAGAUGACGACCAUUGGUGGCAAGUGAGCAUCACGGACUAUGUGGUGUUUGACCAGUGCAGCUUAUUUCAGACGAUAAUCCAUGCCACUCACUCGGUGGCCACAGCUGCCCAAGCCCCUGUAGAGAAAGUGGCAGAUAAGCUGCGCAUGGCGUUUUGGUCCCAGCAGCUUCAGUGCCAGCCAAGCCUUCUCGGGGUCAAUAACAGUGGCGUCUGGAUCUCCUCGGGCAAGAAUGAAUUCCACGUCGCUAAGGGAAGUCUCAUAGGCACCUACUGGAAUCAUGUUGUUCCCCGUGGGACAGCUUCUGCUACAAAAUGGGCCUUUGUGUUGGCCUCUGCGGCUCCCACGAAGGAAGGAAGCUUCCUGUGGCUGUGCCAGAGCAGCAAGGACCUGUGCAGCGUCAGCGCCCAGAGUGCACAGUCGCGGCCCUCCACGGUGCAGCUGCCUCCCGACGCCGAGAUGCGCGCCUACGCCGCCUGCCAGGAUGCGCUGUGGGCGCUGGACGGCCUUGGCCAGGUCUUCAUCAGGACGCUCUCCAAGAGCUGCCCCACGGGCAUGCACUGGACCAGGCUGGACCUCUCCCAGCUAGGAGCUGUGAAAUUGACAAGCUUGGCAUGUGGAAAUCAGCACAUCUGGGCCUGUGAUUCCAGGGGUGGAGUUUACUUCCGUGUAGGGACUCAGCCUCUGAAUCCCAGUCUCAUGCUUCCAGCCUGGAUAAUGAUUGAGCCACCUGUCCAGCCUGCCGGGGUCAACUUGGUCAGCGUCCAUUCCAGCCCCAACGACCAGAUGCUGUGGGUGCUUGACAGCAGGUGGAACGUGCACGUGCGGACCGGGAUCACCGAGGAGAUGCCUGUGGGGACCGCCUGGGAGCACGUGCCAGGGUUGCAGGCCUGCCAGCUGGCGCUGAGCACCAGGACCGUGUGGGCCCGCUGUCCAAACGGAGACCUCGCCCGGCGGUAUGGCAUCACAGACAAGAACCCCGCCGGAGACUACUGGAAGAAAAUUCCCGGCAGUGUGUCCUGUUUCACAGUGACUGCGUCAGAUGAGCUGUGGGCUGUGGGCCCGCCCGGCUACCUCCUCCGACGGCUGACAAAGACGUUCAGCCACUCGCAUGGCACCCAGAAGAGCAGCCAGGCCGCCAUGCCCCACCCCGAGGAUCUGGAGGACGAGUGGGAGGUCAUCUGAAGGAGCCCUGGCAGAGUCACGCGGAGGGGCCAGGCAUCCGUGGUGGGCACAGUGGCUUCGGUGUCACUCCCUGGUGGACGUGCUGCCUCGACACUUGUCCAGACACCUCUGGCCAGGUUGGACCCGCACACUUACUUUCAUCUAUGUUGGUUUCUGUCUCGUUCCAGAACCCACAGCCUCCACCCGUGGCUGGCGCAAUCGCUGCAGCAGUGGAGUUCAGGACAGUGGCGACUGCCCGGCUGCAUGCUCUCCGAUGACCCGCGUGCUGCCGUCCUGGUCUCAUCCACAGAUAGCUCCAGCUUUUGUUGCUGGGAGUGGUCUCCAGAGGCCUCCCAGAGCCAAGGGCAGCCGGGCAGCUGGUUUGGCCCAGGGCCUCUUUAGCCCCAGGGCCAGGUGGAGCCAAAGGUCAGCUCUCUGCAGCGCAGGAUGUGCUCGGUGAUGGCUUCGUCCCGUCACAGGGGCUGUCCCCCCAGAGACAAAGCUGCAGAGCACAUUCCACGCCAGACGCUUUGGCCAGGAAGCCGAGGCUGGGCCUGAGAGGAGAGCACUGGCCAUGCCACACGCACAUGCACACCAUACCACACAACACACCUCACCUCACCACACCACACCACACCUCACCUCACCACACCUCACCUCACCACACCACACAACACACACCACGCCACA